CCCAAAUUUUGAUGUAAGCCACCCAUAUUAGCACGCGCAUUUGAAGCUAGACUACCCGCCAACAGCUGGUGCCAACCCCCGCGCUCUUGUACCGAAAAUCCAUCUGGCCGACUCUUGUUCCUCCCCAAGCCACACCUUUUCCAUCAUGGCGGGCGGCGAGAAAGCAUCCCUCCAGCCGCAUUCGCAAGACGAUGUCCUUAACAGCUCUGGGCCGCCUUCUGGUGCAGAGUCCGCGUCGGCGCCCAAAGACGCCCCUGAUGAACCGCCCAGGGACAUUCAUGGAGUCAAGUGGGGUCUUGUCAUAAGUGCCCUCCUCUCGGUGCUCUUCCUCUACGCCCUCGACAACACCGUCGUCGCCAAUGUCCAGUCCAAGGUGGUCGAGACCUUCGGCCGCGUCGACCUCGUCCCCUGGCUCGGCGUUUCCUUCGCGCUCGGCUCCGCUGCCACCACGCUGCCGUGGUCCAAGGCGUACGGCACCUUCUCGGCCAAGAAGCUCUUCAUCGGUAGCACCGUGGUCUUCAUGGCCGCCUCGGCGCUCUGCGGCGCCGCCCCGACCAUCGACGCCUUCAUCAUAGGCCGCGCCAUCGCCGGCAUGGGCGGCUGCGGCAUGUACAUGGGCCUGUUGACCCUGCUGUCCGUUACGACCACCAACACGGAGCGGCCCACGUACCUGAGCCUGACGGGCUUCAUCUGGGGCGUCGGCACCGUGCUCGGCCCCGUCGUCGGCGGCUCCCUGGGCGAGAGCGCCGCCACCUGGCGCUGGGCCUUCUACCUGAAUCUGCUGGUCGGCGUCGUCGUCGUGCCCAUCUACUUCAUCCUGCUGCCCGACUUCAAGCCCCAGCAGGGCGUGCCCCUCCUCACUCGCUUCGCCCAGAUGGAUUACCUGGGCACGGUCCUGUCCAUUGGCUGUCUCCUCUGCAUCAUCAUGGCUAUGAACCUGGGCGGUGUCCUUUGGGACUGGGACUCCGGUAGCAGCAUUGGACUGCUUGUCGCCUCUGGUGUCCUGGCCAUCCUCUUCAUCCUGCAGCAAUGCUUCUACAUCGCAACCUCGAGAGAAAACCGGUUGUUCCCCAUGCAUUUCUGGAGGAGCCGCACCAUGAUUGCUCUCUUCUUGACCAUGAUGCUCGCGACCUUCGGCAGCUUCAUCUCCAUUUACUACCUGCCCCUGUACUACCAGUUCACCCGUGGCGCCACCGCCGUUGAGACCUCGGUCCAUCUCCUGCCCUUCAUCCUCUUCCUCGUGGCGUUCAACCUGGUCAACGGCCAUUUCAUGGGCAGGACGGGCUACUACUACCCCUGGUACAUUGCAGGCUCGGCUCUGGAGCUCAUUGGCGGCGUUCUCCUCUACACGGUCGAUGAGAACACGUCCAACGCCAAGAUCUACGGCUACACCAUCAUCCUCGGCACGGGCGUCGGCUGCUUCUGCCAGGCCGGCUUCGCCGUCGCCCAGAUGAAGGUGGCCGCUGCCGAGAUCCCCUACUGCGUCGGCUUCAUGACGGUCGGCCAGAUGCUGGGCAUCGUCUUCGGCACCGGCAUGGCGGGCGCCGUCUUCGUCAACCGCGCCGAGCAGGCCCUCGCCGCCCUGUUCCCCAACGCCACCAAGGACGACAUCUCCAACGCCAUCGCGGGCGCAACCAGCACCCUCAUCAACUCGGCCUCUCCCGAGCUCAGGGCGGAGGCCAUCCGCGGCAUCACCAGGGCCAUCCAGCAGGCCUUCAUCCCCAUCAUCGCCGCCGGCGCCAUCUGUCUCAUCUGCAGCGUGGUCAUGAAGAGGGAGAAGGUCUUUACCGAGAAGGGACAGGCCGUUGCCAUGGGUGGCUAAUGGCACUUGACGCGGGCUUUGUAAGGAGUAUCUCGCUACAAAAUCCUCAUGGUCUCAAGCAACCUGUUGGCCCGCCCGACAAGAACUACCAUCAAAGGUUCACAAAGCUUUCAUUUGUUUUAAUUUUAGAAGCUAGCCUUUACUCAUAAACGCCGGUGCCGUUUAUGUUCAAUUCACUCUUUACAAUCCGCAAAUUUCAUGGCCCGUUUGGAAGUCCAACCAGUUAUUGAGUUUACCUUUACCUG